ACUUCCCUAUUCCCUCCCUAACAUAAAAUUCAAACUAGAAUCCAAAGAAACACGACCGUUCCUCGUUUACUGUGCCCCUCUUUUCCUUCUCAUCUCUCAGUCUCUCACCAACUUCUUUCUCUCUCUUCCUUAAACCCUUCACUUCAAUCUUCAAAUCUCAAAAACUCCCUCAAACUUCAAAUUUCCACCUUUUUUUUCACAAGAACAACAAAAACCCACCUCAAAGACCAACAUUUAAUGGUAGCAGGUAAAGUAAAAUCAGCAAUGGGUCUUCAAAAAUCCCCUAAACCUGAUAAACCUCCACCACCUCCUAAACCACCUUCACCCUCUCACAACUCCGCCGGAAAAUCAUCCGCCGGAAAAUCAACCACCGCAAAAUCAUCCGCCGGAAAAUCCACCGUCUUUAACCGUUCUUUUGGUGUAUACUUCCCACGCGCAUCUGCUCAAGUUCAGCCUCGACCACCUGACGUCUCUGAACUACUUAAACUCGUUGAGGAUCUUCGUGACCGUGAGUCUCGCCUUCGUACUCAACUCGUUGAGCAGAAACUAUUAUGUGAAACUGCUGCUAUUGUUCCGUCUCUCGAAGCAGAGAUCGCCUCCAGAAUAUCAGAAACAGGGCUGCUGGUAGCGAGGCUACGUGAGUUAGAAGCUGAGAACGAGAAACUUGUGCGUGAGCGAGAGAUCAUGAAGAACAUGUUUGAAUUAGAAAGAAGAGAGAAAGACUUAAAGAUUGCUGAGCUUAUGUCGGAGAUUGAAGAUGUUAAGAGUUUAACUUCGUCUCAAAGGUUUCAAGGGUUGAUUGAAGCUUCUGGGAAGUCUAAUUUGAUUAAGAACUUAAGUUUUCGGAAAGUUAUAGGGACUGGUAAUAAUGCAAUUGCAGUAAAACAAGCUGAAAGUGGACAUAAUAGUGAUCAUAUUGUUGUUCAUCAUCAUGAAAAUAAGGCACAAUCAUCUGAGUCCUUGGUGGCGGACAUCGAAAGGCCGAGGCAUUCGGGGUGUAGCUCAAUUGAUGAGAUUGCGGAGACGUCCGAAUCAGCCUCGUUUCUGAGAUCCCGAGUUCCUAGAGUGCCGAAACCGCCUCCGAAACGGUGUUAUUCUGAUUCACACUCUAUGUCAACAUCGUUUUCUUCCUCGGAAGGGCGUAAAUCCACGGAUAGUGUCACAGCGCCGCCGCCUCCACCACCACCUCCGCCGCCACGACCACCGAUGUUGAGGCCGGCGCCGCCACCACCUCCACCGCCGCCGAUGAAAAAGUAUCCGGCGCCACCACCGGAGCCGCCAGUUACGGCGGCGGGGGUGAAGGUUUUGUCGGCGAAGGUGAAAAGAGUGCCAGAGGUUGUGGAGUUUUAUCAUUCGUUAAUGCGAAGAGAUUGCCGGCGAGAUUCUGUUGCCGGUAUGCCUGAAGUUUCACAGACGAGUGCUCGGGACCUUGUCGGAGAGAUUGAGAAUCGAUCGGUGUACUUGCUUGCAAUUAAGACAGAUGUAGAAACACAAGGAGAUUUCAUCAGGUUUUUGAUAAAGGAGGUUGAAACGGCUGCGUUUACAGACAUUGAAGAUGUGGUUUCAUUUGUAAAAUGGCUUGAUGAUGAACUUUCUUACUUGGUGGAUGAAAGGGCGGUUCUUAAACACUUCGAUUGGCCGGAGCAGAAGGCGGAUGCGUUGAGAGAAGCUGCAUUUGAGUAUUCUGAUCUUAAGAAGCUCGAAUCCGAGGCUUCAUCCUUUAGGAAUGAUACUCGCCAAGCUUGUUCCACCACGCUCAAGAAAAUGCAAACUCUACUUGAAAAAUUAGAACAUGGGGUUUACAAUCUAUCGCGUUUAAGAGAAUCUGCGACCAACAGAUUCAAGUCUUUUCACAUUCCGGUUGAUUGGAUGCUUGAUACCCGAUUCGUAAGUCAGAUCAAGCUGGCAUCUGUAAAAUUGGCAAUGAAAUACAUGAAAAGAGUAUCAGCAGAGCUUGAAGCAGUUGGGGGUGGUCCCGAGGAAGAAGAGUUAAUUGUUCAAGCUGUUAGGUUUGCAUUCCGGGUACAUCAGUUUGCGGGAGGCUUUGAUGCGGAAACUAUGAGAGCAUUCGAGGAGCUGAGAGACAAGGCAAGAUCGUGCCAUGUACAGUUUCAGAAUCAGCAGCAGACGCAGCAGCAGCAGAGGCUUAUAUGCCGAUCUAUGCGUUGCUAGAAUAAUCAUCUGCAGCAAACUCAGCUUCAGAAUUUCAUUCAACGGAUCAUAUAAUUCUUUUGUUGUUGUAAAGAUAAAAUUGUCAUGUUUAAGUAUAUGAAGUAUGAAACAUUAGAAGUAGGCCGUUUUGUGCUUAAUGUAUGUUUUUGCCUUAUCAAACAUUAUUUGUAGUGGCUCUUCUAAUAUCUCA